AUGAGCCAGUGGUCAAACGGAAUUUGCGGCUGUUUUGGAGACGUCACAACCUGUCUUUUGUCUUUCUUCUUGCCAUGUGUUCAGUUUGGACGCAAUGCUGAGACUGUAGGAGAGAAUUGCUUGAUGUAUGGUCUCUCCCAGCUAGUCCCUCUCCUUAAUAUCUAUUGCCGUACAGUGGUCAGAGGAAAGAUAAGAAAUCAGAAAGGCAUCGAUGGGACAUGCUUUAAUGACCUCCUUUGUCACUUAUUUUGUAUGCGAUGUGCCUUAGCUCAGGAGGGUCAGGAGAUUCUAGCCCCUGGGGGUCAACCAAUGGCCAGGGAGUAA